ACAGCUGACGUCGCGCGCGGAAGUUCAGAAGUGCGCUGUUUGCAAGUUUCGCUCCUUUUCGCUUUCGUUACAUUUUUCAUUUCGUGUAUGCAAUCAACUCUGAAGUGAAUCGUUUUGUGAAAUACACGGCACAGCCGGAGAGUGUCCCUUUAUUGACAUUACGAUACACAGAAGUAGGUGACCUGACCACGGCUGGCCGUUCACUGACAGACGGACUUUGAUUUUUUGCCCACUCUCCAUCAUCACCGCUUGUUCGUUUCGCCAUGACCCAAGUUACAAAGGAGGCGUUUGGCAGCGUCCCUGGAGUCGGCACCGUGGACAAAUUCCGAUUAGAGUCCGAGGGGGUGACCGUGGAAAUUCUCACGCUUGGCUGCAUAAUCAGCGCUUUAAAGACCCGAGACAGGAACGGCAGGAGCGACGACAUCGUCCUGGGCUUCGAUACGUUAGAAAGUUAUCUGACAAACCCUCGCUACUUUGGAGCUGUUGUCGGCCGUGUUGCCAACAGAAUCGCCAAUGGCAAGUUCACCGUUGAUGGGAAGGAGUACCAGCUGGCUAUCAAUAAUGGACCCAACGCCCUUCAUGGGGGACCCACAGGCUUUCACCAGGCCAUCUGGAAUGCUGAAGUCCUGCCAAAUGGAGUGAGGCUCUCCCUGACAAGUGCAGAUGGUCAUGAGGGCUAUCCUGGAGAGCUGCAAGUGUCGGUGACCUACAUGUUGGAAGGGGACGUGCUGUCGCUGUAUUACGAGGCCUGCACCAACAAGACGACUCCAGUCAACCUGACAAAUCAUUCCUACUUCAAUCUGGCUGGCCAGGGGACUCCUGAUAUCUAUGAUCAUGAAAUUUCCAUCAGUGCUGAUGCCUACCUGCCCGUGGAGAGCACUAUGAUUCCUACAGGAGAUGUCCAACCAGUGAAGGGCACGCCAUUCGACCUGAGGAGCUCCGUGCGGAUUGGAGAUCGCCUGAGUCAACUGCCAGAUCGCGGCUUUGACCACAACUUCUGCUUGUCUUCACCAGAAGAGCGCCGUGAAACCCCCAAGUAUUUCUCCCGUGUUUACCACCCCGGCAGCGGCCGAGUCUUGAACGUGGCCACGACGCAGCCUGGAGUCCAGUUUUACACGUCCAACUUUCUGGAUGCAUCAAUAAAAGGAAAAGGAGGAGCUGCGUACCCCAAACACUCGGCCUUCUGCUUGGAGACGCAAAACUGGCCGGAUGCCGUUAAUAAGCCCCACUUCCCGGAUGCUCUGUUGCGGCCAGGAGACGACUACGGCCACACGACGUGGUUCCAGUUUUCCACUGCCUGACGUGAGCCAGUGAGUCCAUUCCAGUUUGGAUCACCCAUUCUGCAGGAAUACAAAUCUCCAACCUGGGAAGAAAAGAAAACGCACCUCACGUGCCUCCACGGGGACCAGCGUGCUGUGACUUCUCAUGGAGACUUCUGGCAAACGUGAAUAAAAAUUGUGAAGUUC